AGCAAAGAAAGACUGCGACCCUCUGGAUCAAAGCCAUGACAUCGUCUGUUCCUUGGGCAUUUCUUGCCCUGCUGCUGUUCACUUUCAAGUUUCAAAGUGAAGCCAGUCGGAAAGGGAACAAGACAACUUGGAACGGCACCAAGCCAGCCUUACUCCAGCUCUCCGACUACCUGCUGACUCAUUACAAAAAGGGCGUCCGUCCAGUUCAGGACUGGAGAAGAACAACCAACGUAGCCAUCGAUGUCAUGGUCUAUGCCAUCCUCAGCGUGGAUGAAAAAAAUCAGGUGCUGACAACCUACAUCUGGUACCAGCAGCACUGGAUUGACGAGUUUCUCAGGUGGAACCCAGAGGACUUUGAUAACAUCACCCAGCUGUCCCUCCCCACUGAGAGCAUCUGGGUGCCGGACAUCCUCAUCAAUGAGUUCGUGGACAUGGGCAAGUCCCCGGACAUCCCGUACGUCUAUGUCCGCUCCCAUGGGGAGGUCAAGAACCUCAAGCCCAUCCAGGUGGUGACUGCCUGCAGCCUGGACAUCUACAACUUCCCCUUCGACGUGCAGAACUGCUCGCUCACCUUCACCAGCUGGCUGCACAACAUCCGUGACAUCAACAUCUCCCUGUGGCGGCAGCCCGAGCUGGUGAAAUUCGACAAGAGCGUCUUCAUGAACCAGGGCGAGUGGGAGCUCCUCUACGUACUCAGCCAGUUCCAGGAGUUCAGCGUGGAGGGCAGCGACAGCUACGCCGAGAUGAAGUUCUACGUGGUCAUCCGGAGACGCCCCCUCUUCUACGCCGUCAACCUGCUGCUUCCCAGCAUCUUCCUGAUGGUCAUGGACAUCGUGGGGUUCUACCUGCCGCCUGACAGUGGCGAGAGGGUCUCCUUCAAGAUCACCCUGCUGCUGGGCUACUCUGUCUUCCUGAUCAUCGUGUCAGACACGCUGCCGGCCACGGCCAUCGGGACCCCGCUGAUAGGCGUCUAUUUUGUCGUGUGCAUGGCCUUGCUGGUCAUCAGCCUGACGGAGACCAUCCUGAUCGUGCGCCUGGUCCACAAGCAGGACCUGCAGCCUCACGUGCCCGACUGGGUCAAGCGCCUGGUGUUGGAACGAGCCACCAUCCUGCUCUGCAUCCGGAACAGGAAGAAAUUCUACCCCAGCAGGACCCAGAGUUCCGAGAUCAGCCGGCGCCCGGAGGACGACGACAGCACAGGAUCCUCUCUCAUUCCUGCAGACAAGCAGAACCACUACGGCUGCGAGAAUCUCCGUGAGUUCGAGAGGGCGGCGGGCGCAAGGCCGGCGCCGGGCCCCCCGCCAGGAGAGAGCUCCCCGGUGGCGGACAGCAUCCUGCAGGAGAUCGCGGCCAUCCGCCAGUUCCUGGAGAAGCGUGACGAGUUCCGGGACAUCGCCCGCGAGUGGCUGCAAGUGGGCUACGUGCUGGACGUGCUGCUCUUCCGGGCGUACCUGGUGGCCGUGCUGGCCUACAGCAUCACGCUGGGCACCCUCUGGUCUGUCUGGCAGUAUGCAUGAGCCCUGCUGGCCCGCGCAGGCCCAAGUGACGGGAUGCGCCAUUGCCACGUUUUCAAGGGGUCGUUCCCAGCUCCACGGGCUCCCCUGUAUAUUCUAAACACAGCGAUCCAGGGUUUAACUGCUCUUCGGCGGCACUGGCACAGGAGUG